UGAAACUAGAACAAAACUCAGCUCUGGCACGUCUUUCUUUUCUGUCUGCUGGGGUCUGGCAUUUUGGCUUCAUCUUACACCAAAGACGCAAAGGCCCAGAGAGCAUUGCAGCAUUCGCCUACUGCAGCUCCCAGACGCCGCCCGUAUCCCUCCGGCCUCCUCAGCCCCAGCCGCCGCCAGCACCAUGGCCAGCACCGUAUCUGCCUACAAGGAGAAGAUGAAGGAGUUGUCUGUGCUGUCGUUGAUCUGCUCCUGCUUCUACUCACAGCCUCACCCCAACACCAUCUACCAGUAUGGGGAUAUGGAAGUGAAGCAGCUGGACAAGCGAGCCUCUGGCCAGAGCUUCGAGGUCAUUCUCAAGUCUCCUUCUGACCUAUCUCCAGAGAGCCCUGUGCUCUCCUCUCCCCCCAAGAGGAAGGAUGCUUCCUUGGAGGAGCUGCAGAAGCGGCUGGAGGCAGCUGAGGAGCGGAGGAAGACGCAGGAGGCUCAGGUGCUGAAGCAGCUGGCAGAGCGGCGUGAGCACGAGCGCGAGGUGCUGCACAAGGCGCUGGAAGAAAACAAUAACUUUAGCCGCCUGGCGGAGGAGAAACUCAACUACAAGAUGGAGCUGAGCAAGGAAAUCCGCGAGGCUCACCUGGCAGCACUGCGCGAGAGGCUGCGUGAGAAGGAGCUGCAUGCUGCUGAGGUGCGCAGGAACAAGGAGCAGCGGGAGGAGAUGUCUGGCUAAGGAGCAUUGGACCCAGCAGCGACGAGAAAUAUUUUCGGGUUUUGUUCUUGUUUUGUUUAAUUCUGUCUAGAUGCAAAUUUUGUUCCUGCUUCUAUCCGCUCCCUUGCACCUCUAGCUUCCUACUUCUCUUCCCACACUCUGAACUGUCCAGUCCUUAUAAUGUGUCUGACUUUGGACUCUCCCUAAAGGAGUUCCCUAGGCAGGAGAUAAUGUCCCCUGUUCAGACGCCAGGCCAGGCGCGGCUGGGGCUCUCUUGGUGGCCGUCUUAGUGGAUGUGUUGGCAACCUUAAUAAAUCUAGUGGCAGUGGCA